GGAGGGCCCGCCGGGGAGCGGCUGGGGUCGGGGCGCGCGGGCUUCGGUUGUGGCGCCUCCGCCUCGGACCAUGGUCUGCGCGGGCGGCGGGAGGAUCGGCCCCGCUCUGCUGCUGCUGGCUGGCCCGCUUCGGAAGGGUUUUUCCACGUUCCAAGUCAACUUUGCCCAUCCAGAAUUUGAGCGGCGGCCUCCUCAGAUCAUCUCGCAGGCCAACAUGAAGGUGGAAAUCCUCCCAGCCCUCACAGACAACUACAUGUACCUCCUUGUGGAUGAGGAGACCAAGGAAGCAGCCAUCGUUGACCCCGUGCAGCCCCAAAAGGUUCUGGAUGCAGCCAAGAAGCAUGGAGUAAAACUGACCACUGUGCUUACUACACAUCACCACUGGGACCACGCUGGUGGCAACGAGAAACUUGCAAAGAUGGAGCCGGGGUUACGAGUGUACGGGGGAGAUAGCAGGGUUGGAGCCCUCACCCAGAAAGUCUCUCACCUUACGACCUUUCAGGUAAAAAAGCACCAACAAUGGUGGCGGGGAGGGGAAGGAUAGAUUGGCCGGGCCCUU